UUAGAUUCAAACUAAUUUUCAAAGAUCUUUUUGAAAAGUUAUUGAAUAAGUUCUUCGACAAAUACACAGCUCUUAAGUGGAAUGGAAGCCGUUCAAUCCAACUUUUGGGUAUUUAAGGCAGAGCUAUAGAUAUCAAGGGUAUAAUUUAAUAUCGAAUAAAUACAUAUAAUGUAUUAUAAUUACAUCUGCCAGAACUAUUUAUAUAUUACGUGAGCUUCUAAUUGUUAUAAGUAUAGAAACUUUUACCUGUUGUUUAAAUAACGGCGUUAUCUUUAGAGCUUUAGAGCUUUAAAUUCCUCUUAUUUCAUAAAACAAUGAAUUUUACAUAAAAUUAACAAACGCGCUUGUCGAAGCUUUGCGAAAGCUUUCGUCAGCUUUUAAACAAAAAAUCCCUUAAAAUGUUGAGUAAACGGCAUUCAGUUCCAUUAUUGUUAUACGAUAGUUCGAAUAGAACGGAUACGAAUAACAAAGUGUGAAAAAUAUUACAAACAACAUGGACGCGAAUAAAAAUGUUGAUAGCUUCAAUGAUGAUGAAUUGGUAGCACCCGAGUGGCUAAAUGCGCAGUUCCUUGAGGAAGUGCUUCGCAAACUGGGAGAUCACUACGCGAGCAUCAUCUUUCGUGCAUAUGUCUUGUACACCACACACAAGAGCAAGCUCUCCAAGUCGCUGAGGGUCACAAGAAAGAAAUGCUCGAAACCUCGAAUGUUUUUCGUACCGAGAUCGGCAUGUACACGAAGGUGUUGCCCAAGUUUGAGGAGAUUCUCCGAGAGGUGGGCGAUAAUACCAGGCUAUGUGUGCCCUGCAUUUAUUGCACCUUGAAUCCGCGAAAGGUAAUGAUAUUUGAAGAUCUGGUGCUGCAAGGGUAUACGAUUAUAAGGAAACGCGACGCAACAAUUGAGGAGCUGAAGCUCGCAUAUCUUAAGCUUGCCAAAUGGCAUGCAGUCAGUGUUCAUAAGCUGCACGAGCAACCCGAUUACCUGCAAGAAUUUAAAUACGGUCUGUUUGAGAUACCAAAUAUGAGGCAAGACCUUUGUACCACUGGCAUGCGAUAGUUCCUCGAUUUGCUGCAAGAAAUUCCAGAAUUUAGAAAGCAUAUACCUCAUUUCAAAAAGAUGGAAAAUGAUUAUGUGGAUCGUUUGGGAGCUGUAAUGCAGGAGUAUCGCAAUAAUCGCCAACCCAAUGGAUAUUACGUCCUCUGCCAUGGCGACUUUCAUCUGAAAAAGACGAUGUUGAAGCACAAGAAAAAUGGAAGUUUGGAAGAUGUCAUGUUAAUAGAUUUUCAAAUAAGCAACAUUUGCCCGAUAACCAUUGAUCUGAUCUAUGCUGUCUAUAUGCUGAUGGGAAUAGAAGAUCGUCGCAAUAACUACAAGCAUCUCAUUAACUAAUACUUUUCCGAGUUCCUCACAACAUUGCAGAAUAAUGGCUUUAAAGGCGAGUUGCCGAACUCUGUAGCGUUUUGGCAACAAAUGUCCCAGAAUAAGUGCUGUGAUAUUUACUUGCUAACUACAUUUUUGCCAAUGAUGUGUGCCCUUAGUUUGUAUGCCUUUGACCCUGCUGACAUAUUCCAAAACGAAGAUGUGCGGAAAACAAAAGAAUCUGUUGUCCAGAUUCGAGGAAGAGGGAUACUUUGCAAAGGCUGUUUAAUUUGUGUAUGAUAAAUUUUACCUCAGCCAAAAUAUUUAUUAAAAAAAUAUGUGUUGCUUUAAAACAUUUGUUUUUGGCAUUUGAAAAUACUGUAGUUUUUGGCAAAGUCAUAAUCAUGUGUAAGAUUACAUUAUACAAAUAAAAUUUAUUGAGGUAUUUAAACCGCGACCAUCAGUGUGACGACGCUUAGCCCACCACGCUACUCCGCCCACUGCUUGCCGCCUGCGAAAAAGGACAUACCAUAAGACAACAUAACAAAAGUUAUAUUUUUGAAUUUAAUGUAUUUUUAAAUUUAUUAUUAUUGCUUUGAUUGAUGCUGAAUUUGAACCGACAACCUGUCGCCUGUUGUUGGCUACGUUGUUGCGUAUAUUAGUUUGGAGGUCGAAUUUUCUAAAACGCCGCCUUAGUUAGGACAAACUCUUUAACAUAUAUUCAUUACUUAGGCAAUGAGAUGAGCAAAACCUGGGCUUAUAAAAAUGUAAGACCAGGUUUUCGAAUUCAAUCCCUGAAACGAACAACCAACAAUUGUGUCCGCACUUGCAGCCAUGAUUGCAAUAUCUAU